GUCGAUCCUAACGGUUCCACGGAAAUUCGAAAAAACGAACAAUAAAAUCGUUUCCGUUCUUUGAACAGCGUCGCCGCCGCCACACACCCCUCAACCUAACAUUGAAAACCGAGAACGUAAAGAUAAUAUAUUGUAGUACAACGUUAUUGUGUCUUUCUUGUGCAAACUUCGACGGACGGACGGACAGACAUAGAAAAUCAAACAAAGCAAAAACAAACACUCACACGCUAACCGACCAACUGGCCAAUUAACCAAGAAACCCACAACCAUUCAUCCAUAAGAAAUUGAAAUCUAUACUUGCUCGUACCUCGUACCUUGUAGCGCUUAUCAGUUUGAUAUAUGAAAAAGUAAAGAAAUUGAUGAGUAAUUAAAGUUGUAGUGUCGUCGCAGUCGUCUUCUUAGUCGUGCAACUGUCGUUGCCUCGUGUCGUUAUCGUCAAUUAGUGGUGUAACGAAAUAAUAAAUACCGAUAUUCAAAGUGUAAUCAAAACAAAUCUCGCAACAAAAAUAAAACCCCACACAUACAUGCACAUGCAAAGGGCUAUUGAAACAAUUCUAAGAGUACACAAAUAGAUGACAGCCAAUUGCUCAUUGCAUAGAGCUGCCAUAAAACGCAUGUGAUGGGAAAAGUCCAAUCAAUUUCAUGUUAAUCAAAGAAAUAACAAAUAAUCAAAGAAGCUAGAAAAACAAUCUGAAGAAUGCCUUCGAUAUCAAUGCGAGGGUUGUGUGAAAAGUGAAGGAAAUCCUUAAAAAUUAAAGAUAAAUGUGCUGUGCUUUAUUGUUAAUCAAACAAAAAAAAAAAAACGAACAUAACAACAACAAAACAAAUAAUUUAGUUCUCAUUUUUGUGUUGGCGUCUGGUAAUUGGGUCAUUGGUGCAGUAGCAUUCCUUAAACUGCAUACUGCUUACUAUUGCAGCCUUGUUUGUUAAUAUUGCCUGGGCCAUAAAUGAUAAAAAAAAUCCCCUAAAUAAACAAGUUUAUUUAUAUUUGCCAUUAAUGCAGCAGUGUGAUUUUGGAAAUUGUAUGGUUUAACGUGAAAAGCCACAAAGCUCACUUAUAAAAAUGUUACGAAUGUGAUAUUUGUGGAUGCAUUUGUGGAUACAAAGAGCUCGAUAAAAAGACAUUGGUUUGCCUGAAGUUCUUAUUUUAGGGAAAAACUUGUCAUCACGAAUAUGAACUCAUUCCUGGAAGACUCAACCGAGUGUAUCAGCCGCAUUAGCAACGAAACCCAACACGACACAUUAAUAAAUGAGAAAAAAUGGGAAUGGGGAUUUCUAAGGAAUCAAUGUCGCAAUCUGGAGCUGGAACAAUUCUAUCAAUCAUAUAUGCAACGUUUGCGUGUCAGUUAUCUGUCACUAUUUGUUAUCAUUGAGUUGCUAGUGGUGGGGGUGCAUUCCAUCAUUCUCCUGUCAACAGUGAAGAGUCUCAGCAAUGUGUCAACCGACAUCUUCGCCUACCUCACCUGCGCCCUGCUGGUGUGGGGCAUAUUGGCCAUUAAUUUUCGCACUGAACUUAUAAAACGUUACACUUGGAUAAUGUAUGUCACCUCCUGGCUGGCGGUAUGUAUUUUGGCCACCACCGACAUUGGCAUCUCAGUGUAUCAUGCCGCCAUCAAUUUGGAUAUCUUACGUCCAGCCUAUGGCAGUUAUGUAUUGUAUGCCGCCUACAUUUUUAUGCCACUGCCCGAUAAUGUUCACGCAUUUUUUUUGGGCAUGGCUGCGACCAUUUCGUAUCUGAUCGAUUAUGCCUUUGUGACAUAUCGCAAACACCCUGAUGGCACCUAUCGCGUGGAUAUUAACAAGUUAAUAACCGAAUGUAUCUUCCUGCUGUCCAUCAACAUGUUGGGCAUAUACUUUCGCAUGAUGAAGGAGAUUGCGAUAAGAACCACAUUCCUAGAUCGUCGCCAGUAUGUGGAGGAAAACCUAUUGCUACGGCAUGCCAGGGAGGAAGAGCGAAGCCUCUUGUUGAGUAUUAUACCGGCCCAUAUUGUCAAUAGAAUUGAACAUGAUGUCAAGGCACGUCUGGAAUUCAAAAAAGCCAAACGACGUUCCUCGCAGCACACACAAGUACUGAUUGAAGAUCCAGAAGUAAGACUGUGGCGCCAGCCAGAAGCUGAAAAGCUUUUUAUCGAACCUCAUGAAAAUGUCAGUAUUCUUUACGCUGAUGUGGUAAAUUAUACUCAUCUCACUACGACGCUGGAUGUUAAAACGCUGGUGGAAACGCUGCACGAUUUGUUUGUGAAAUUCGAUACUGCUUCAGAGGAGUACAAUGUCUUACGUAUUAAGUUUUUGGGCGAUUGUUAUUAUUGUGUAGCCGGUGUCUCCAUACCCAAUGAGCAUCAUGCCAAGUGCUGUGUUGAUCUAGGAUUACGUAUGAUCAAGGAUAUACGUGAUGUAAGGACUAGGCGAAAGUUAAAUAUCGAUAUGCGCAUAGGUGUUCAUACAGGUCGCAUUCUUUCGGGCGUUUUGGGCGCAUGUAAACUGCAAUAUGAUAUCUGGUCCAAAGAUGUAGACAUUGCCAAUCGUUUGGAGCAAACCGGCAUGGCGGGCAGAGUGCAUGUCAGCCAACAUACGCUUAGAGAACUUGAGGGAGAAUAUAUGUAUGAAGAAGGCACCGCACAAGGACGCGUAGAUCCUGUGCUCAAGCAAAAUAAUAUAAUAACAUUUCUGAUAAAGCCACCAAGGUAUGCCUCGUACAGUGAACAACGGCGCCCUUUGGCCGGAGUUAGACGUCAAAUUGAACGCAAUCGCACAGAUACAGCAACAGAUUUUAUGCAAAACAACAUACAACAGUUCAAUCAAAUACGAACUCAGGCAAAACUUGAAAUGAGUAGGGAGUUGGAUAAAAUGCCAAUUGGAAGAAUUCAAGUCUCCAAAUUUUGCUUUGACCGAUCCAAACGUUUAACCCAAGACGAGCAGGAGGAACAAAAUUUUCGAAGAAACAUAACAUCGGUGGGUCUAUUUUUCAAAGAUUGGCGAUGGGAAAUGCAAUUCUUGCAAGAACCAGAUGAUAUGCUCAAAUACAGUGUUAUCAUGGGUGUUAUCAUAUUUUUGGGCAUUAUGGCCAUACAAUCCAUCAAUAAAGUACAAUCAGCAAACUUUUGGGCCACCAAUGCCUUGUACAUUAUACUCAUGAUCAUUGUAAUAGUUUUGACAUGGUUUAAGAAACUUUGGAUCAUGUUUUGGGCAGAGACAAUACAAUCGGAGCCGGAGAACAAAUUUAUUCUAUUCAUAUUUGAUGCCUCGAAGCGAGUUCAAAGCAGUAUUACAGCGAGAGUCACCAUAUAUCUGCUGAUAAUAGUGAUACACUGCUCAGCCACAUUUAUACAAUUGUUAGAUUGUAAUAACUGGCCCAUAUUCAUUGAAGGCAAUUCGAAAAAUUCCACCAACUUGCAACAGUUCUCCAAUGGCCAAGUUUGUGAUAUGGGCUUCAAUCCAUGGGCCAUAACCGAAAGCUUGGAACUUACUAUAUGCAUGGUCUUCCUCUUCUCUCGCAUACCCUUCAUAUUGAAAUUCACUGUGGGUGUCCUGAUUUCAGCGAUCUACAUAAUUGUGAUUUUUGUCAGCUAUGCUCCCAUCUAUGAGGCAAGCGCCGCUACAAAUGUGGAUCUUAGAGCAGAAUUUUCCCAUGUCAUGGUCAUCAUUAUUACUCUGUGCAUCUUUCAUUUGAUGGAUCGCCAGACAGAAUUCAUAUCGAAAGUGGAUUACAAUUGGAAGCGUCAGUUGCAAAGAAAACAGAAUGAUGCCAAAGUCACCAAUGCCUCCAUUUCAUUGCUGAUACGAAAUAUUCUACCAUCUCAUGUGGCCGACUUUUACAUCUCCAAACAGGUGAAAAAUGAACUCUACUAUGAGGAAUACGAUAAUGUGGCAGUAAUGUUUGCUACCAUCAAAAAUUACGACAUCGACAAUGUUGGUCUGAGGGUUCUGAACGAGAUCAUAUGUGAUUUUGAUGAAGUGCUCAAACAUUUUGAAUCUGAGGGCAUGUUCAAGGUGGAAAAAAUCAAAGUUGCUGGCUGGACUUACAUGGCAGCUUGUGGCUUGGACUUGGCCCGCUCCGAAUAUGUAAAUGCACAGCCCAACUUUCGCAAUUCUUCGUUGUUGCAAAAUGGAAGACGUAGUCAUUAUGAUGAAAAUGCAAGAAACUCAAGACACUUUAGGCGAGACAUAGAGGUGCAGCCCUCCACAUCCAGAGCUUCCAAUCAGUAUGAGGGUCACAAUCCAACCACGCUAAAUAAUCUGACACAACAAAAGAAUCGAAAAAUAAGUUCCCCACACCAAUCAAAUGUGGUUCAUGUUAUGGCCCAAUUUGCCUUGCAACUGAUGAGAACCAUGCAUUCGUUUAAUGUGGAAAAUUUGCAGUGUGAAGACAAUGCUGGCGACAGCAAUAUGCUAAGGAUAGGCAUCAGCAAUGGAGCCAUUAUGGCUGGCGUGGUGGGCUCCUCUAAACCACAUUACGAUAUCUGGGGCAAUGCGGUGAAUAUGGCCUCCCGCAUGGAUUCCACUGGGGUGCGGGGACGUAUUCAAGUCACCGAGGAUACUGCGGAAAUUUUACGCACCUUCAAUAUUAAAUGCACACAACGGGGCAUGACCUAUGUCAAAGGUCGUGGCGAAAUACCCACAUAUUUUGUGGGCAUUGAUGACAAUUUAAAUUUCAUACCAGCAUUUCAAUCUGAUUUUCCACCCACACAAAAUGCCACACUGUAAUAGCCAAUACCAACAAGAAUGCAACUCUGGUGAAGAGAAAACAAGGAGGCAAAAUAAAUAGCGAUACCUUUUUAAACUUGCUUUUCGAAAACAGAGUUAAACAGAGGUAUUCCAUGUGAUUUUCCAUCCACACAUAAUGCAACACUGUAAUACGCAAUACAGACCAAAAGCCACUCUGGUGAAGACAAAACAAGUAGGGCAUAUAACUAGCGCUCCCUUUUGAACUACCUUUCCGUAGUCAGAGACAAAAAUCAUGUUAUUCGCUUCGGAUACAUAUUUUCACAAGGAUUGUUCAAACCACAAGACUAGAAUUACAUAUUGAAACUGUUUAAUGGUUAAUACACCCACCCUUAAGAUGAUCUGGUAAUUUAGAAAGAUUUCACUGAAGCAACAUUUUACCCGCGAAACGCUACAAAAAAAUUCCCCCCAUUCGCUUGUAGAUACUGAUUGACAAUAUAAAUGUGUAUUGAUUCUUCAUAAUUUUGUAUACUCUAGAUUAUUGUUUAAGUAUUGAGAGUAAGUAGUUAAAUUUAGCUGUUAUACUGUUUUGUAAUUUAUUGCAAUUUAUUUAAACUAAGCGAUAUGGCAACUCCUACAAAACAAAAGUAAUAUGAACGAAGUAACAAAAAAUAAGUAUAAAUAUAACUAUCGAAAUAAAUUGUGACAUUUAUAA